GCUACAACCACACUAAUGAGGUCAUGUUGUGUAAUGAUAUAAAUAAGGCUUUAGCAGUGAUAAAUCAAUGCAUACUGAAAUAUUAAGGUUUGAACUAGGGAUACUCCGGAUCUAAAACUUCAAUAUGGAGACUUCAAGCAUCUUCCGAGUAGAUGAGAUAGUAGCUGUUGUGACCGGCGGUGCUACAGGCAUUGGAUUUAUGAUGGCCAAAGCACUUGCGGGAGCUGGGGCAAAGAAAGUUUACCUUCUCGGAAGGCGAAAGGCCGUUGUCGAAAGCUCAGCAGCUCAGCAUCCAAGCUUCACCCCGAUAGUAUGCGACAUCACUUCUAAGGAGUCCCUACAGUCAGCCGUUGACUUUAUCACAAACGACGCAGGCUACAUCAACUUGCUCGUAGCCAAUUCGGGUAUAGUAGGCCCCCUAAAUUCCUUCAACCCGGAUCUCACGAUACAGGAACUACGCAAGAAUCUGUUUGAGAGGAUGUCCAUGGAUCAGUUCACAGAAGCCCUGCAUGUCAAUGUUACCGCAACGUAUUUCACAAUGCUAGCCUUUCUGGAGCUGCUAGAUGCUGGCAACAAGAAUGCUCUGAAAGGGGGAUUUGGAGCUCCGAUCGAGGGAGGCAGCAAUGUCCCCUCUAUACCAAGCCAGGUCAUCAUCACGAGCAGUGUAUCCGCCUAUAGUCGGGAUAGAAUAUCAGCACCCGCUUACUCUGCUAGCAAGUCGGCCAUAACCCAUCUUGCUAAACAUGCAAGUACCAACCUUGCUAAAUACGAAAUUAGGGUAAAUGCAAUGGCGCCUGGAUUAUUCCCAUCCGAGUUAGCUGACGGCCUAAUCGCCGGAAGAGAUCCUAGCAAAGAGUCCCCUGAUGAAAUGAGAUAUAUACCUUCUAGACGAUUUGGAGGCGAGGAAGAGAUGGGGGGUACCGUGUUGUACCUUGCAAGCCGGGCGGGUUCAUACUGCAAUGGUGUAGUUCUUCUAAAUGACGGUGGUAGGCUAUCAGUGACCAAUUCAGAAUAUUAAGUGUCAAAGGGGGAAUGGGAUCUAUCAAUGCAUUAGAAAAAAAAUAUAAACCUAACAAGGGCGUGAAUCGAACCUGAGUGGAUGGGGAGACAAAAAGAUGGGCGUAGGGUAAGAUAUGCCUCACUGCAGAGCACCAAGCAAUUCCGGCGGACUAGCUUAAUGAGCCGAUUCUUCGCCUCGGGAAAGGAAUCUAGACAACCUCUCUUAGUGCACCAUUACUAGUUACUGGAAGAAAACGAACAAUUGUCGAACUCCCACU